AUGGCACGACCGUCGGUGUGUGGCGGUGACGAGCCGCAAGCGCCGUUCCCCGUGUACCUCCGCGGCAGCGUAGAGCACGGAUUCGGGCGCGGCAGCAAGCAGCUCAACUGCGCGACGGCCAACCUGCCCGUGCAGGCCAUCGAUGAUCCUGUCAACGAUGCUGAGCACCAGUUGGCCGAUACAGGUGUGUACUUUGGGUACGCCCAGGUGCAUUUUCACGACGCAUCGCAGCGCCACGAAGACGAGCUGCGUGUGCAUCCGAUGGUCAUGAGCGUAGGCCGCAAUCCGCACUUCCAGGCUGAGCACAAGACCCUCGAAGUGCACAUCCUGCACACGUACUCGGACGACUUUUACGGCGAGCACAUGCGAGUGAUCGUGCUGGGUUACAUCCGUGCACAGCGCAAGUACGAGAGCCUGGAAGCUCUGAUCCAGGACAUUGAGCUCGAUAAGCGCGUCGGUGAACAGUCGCUCCGCCGACCAGCCUAUGAGGCGUAUCGCCACCAUACGUGGUUCGCUCCAUAG